AAGUCGUCGUUUCCUUGACGGUUGUCUUUAUCGCUGAUCUUCGAAAAGCCAGUGCAAUAGACCUUAGUCUAAAUCGCUCUCGACGUUUAUAGAUUUAGGUUUAGCUAGUCAUGGACGACUUUGAUAUGCUCAGUGCACCGCAGAGUGAUGCGGGGAAUGGGGUCGGGGCAGAGGAGGACCCUGCCGCGGCUUUUCUUGCCCAGCAGGAGAGUGAAAUCGCGGGCAUAGAAAACGACGAGGGCUUCAGUAUCCUGGACGGCGGAGAGGUUCCGCCAUCACUCGGCCAUGACCUGACCGACCAGGACAACAACGGUGGGGCCAUAAACGGAGAGGUGCAUGAGAGUAAUGGCCCCUUGGAUGCAUACGCCGCCAUCUCCAGUGCUGACCGUCUGCAGGCAGAGCCCGAGAGCCUACGCAAGUGGAGGGAGGAGCAACGCGACAGGCUGGAGGCACUGGACGCCAACUCGCGCAGGCAGGAGACGGAGUGGAAGGAGAAGGCCCGGGUGGAGCUGGAGGAAUGGCACGCAAGACAGGAUGAGCAGCUCGCCAAGAUCAAAGUCAGCAACAGGGUUUUGGAUGAAGACUUCUACAAACAGCCCUUCGCUCACCUGAUUGGUUAUGUCACUCAUAUUAACCAUCCUUGCUACCGCCUAGACCAGGCGGCUGAGGAGGCCAUGGCGUCUGAGCUGGACGAGAACAACCCAGGGACGGAGUGGGAGCGCGUGGCGCGCCUCUGUGACUUCAACCCCAAGUCCAACAAGCAGGCCAAGGACGUCUCGCGCAUGCGCUCCGUCCUCAUCUCCCUCAAACAGGCCCCGCUGGUUCGCUAGGCCCCACCCACCUCCACACUCCCCACAGAACCACAACUCCCAGCAGCCCGUGGGCCUUGCCACGUCACGUUGGGUCAGUGACGCUGCCCAAUCCUUCUGGCUGUGGUCCUGAAGGUUUUGAGACCCAUUUUCGUAUACAAAUAAUCUAUAUUAUAUCCUUACAUUAUGAUAUAGAUAUAUCUGCAUAUGUUUGUUUUUUUUUAAAUAUAUAUAUAAUAUUCCACCUAUAAUUAUAUACAUAUAUAUAUAAUGAAGCUUUUCAGAUUGGAUUUAUUUUUAUUUUAUUUUUUUGCUGUCUCUCACGGACCAAACUCCAUAACUGUGGUGUUCCUCUUUUCAUUUCCAGAGCGCAUGUGGCAUUAUGAGUUUAUCCAUGUAUGCAUUUCCUCUCUGAGCUGUCCAGGAAUGAAGUAAAAUAUGUUGUGUAUGUUGUUUUACAGGCCGUAGGGGGGUGUUUUGUGUGCGUGUGUGUGUGUGUGUGUGUGUGUACAUUUAAGAAGACUCACCCGUUUGUACACUUUGUGUUAGGAAUGGACACACAGCUGGUGGUUCAUGAGCAAACGUAAACUGAUUGUUGUAACUUUGUCGUUCUCUAAACCUGAUUCUGUGAUUCUGAAUAAACAUGCUUUAAGCCUGGUA